UCAUUAAGUGAAAUAUUACAGUAAAAAUGGAGAAGAAACAGACAGCUGCCACAGAAAGCCAUGUGCUGGUAUUCCCUUUGCCAAUACAGGGUCACAUAAACCCAAUGCUUCAAUUCUCAAAACGUUUAGCCUCAAAAGGUCUGAAGGUCACCCUAGUCACCAGCACCUCCAUCGCCCACUCCAUGCGAGCUCCCCACGAGAGUGCCAUCAAUGUAGAAACCAUUUUUGAUGGAUUCCAGGAAGGAGAAAGAGCAGCAAGCCCUGAUGAAUUUCUAAAGCGCUACAAGGCCACAGUCCCACAAAGCUUAGCUGAGCUGAUAGAGAAACAUGGUAGCUCUCCAUACCCAGUUAAGUGUAUCAUAUAUGAUUCUGUUUUACCAUGGGUUUUAGAUGUGGCUCGAAACACAGGGAUCUCUGGAGCUUCAUUUUUCACUCAAUCCUGUGCAGUUUCUGUUUUAUAUUACCAUGAAAUUCAAGGGUCGUUGAAGGUUUCUUCAGAAGCAGAAGCUGUGGGUGUGGUUUCUUUGCCUUCCCUUCCAGAGUUGGAGUUCAAUGAUCUGCCAUCGUUCGUGAAUGGUGCAGGGUCAUAUCCAGCUAUUUACGACCUUGUUUUUAGCCGGUUCUCGAAUAUUGAUGAUGCUGAUUGGCUCUUCUGGAACACCUUUAAUGGGCUUGAAGAAGAGGUGGUGAAUUGGAUGGCAAGCAAAUGGCCCAUCAAACCAAUUGGACCAACAAUUCCUUCAAUGUUCUUAGACAAGCGGCUGGAGGAUGAUAAGGAAUAUGGUCUUAGCCUCUUCAAGCCCAAUUCAGAUGCUUGCAUGGAGUGGCUAGACUCGAAGGAACCAGACUCGGUUGUUUACGUGUCAUUUGGGAGCCUGGCAGCCCUUGGAGAAGUACAAAUGGCAGAGUUGGCGUGGGGUCUAAAAAGAAGUAACACCAGCUUCUUAUGGGUAGUAAGAGAACCAGAAAAAGAAAAGCUCCCAAACAACUUCAUAGAGGAGACCAAAGAAAUGGGACUAGUUGUAACAUGGAGUCCUCAAUUGGAAGUCCUGGCUCACAAGUCUGUGGGAUGCUUUAUAACUCAUUGUGGUUGGAACUCAACCCUGGAAGCAUUGAGCCUGGGAGUGCCAAUGGUGGCCAUGCCACAGUGGACAGAUCAGCCAACCAAUGCCAAGUUUGUGAGUGAUAUUUGGAAAGUAGGAAUUAGAGUGAAGGUAGAUGAAGAAGGGAUUGUUACUCAAAAAGAGAUUGAAAGAUGUAUAAGAGAAGUCAUGGAAAGAGAAAUAUCAAAUGAGAUGGUGAAGAAUUCAGAGAAAUGGAAGAAACUAGCUUGCAUGGCUGUAGAUGAUGGUGGAAGCUCCGACAAGAACAUUGAGGAAUUUGUAACAAAACUUGUGUGUAAUUCUAAUAGUUUUAAAGAGUGAAAUAAUUAGUUCUUCCAUAAAAUUAGUAGAUCUAUGUUAAAUUUAAUUUAUGUUCAUUUAUGGGGUAA